CAUUGAGCGGUCAGCUAUCAUGGCCAUCCCCGAAAAUGUCCUUCGCAAACGGCUCCUCACCACCGAGGUGGAUGCCAUCGCCGAGCAAGACCCUGGCAGACGCUUCUGCGUCAUGCCCAAGGGGUCCGAGCUGUCAGAUGGCCUACGGGAGGUUACGAUGAGGGACCUUGCUCGCGCCAUCAAUUCCAUGUGCUGGUGGAUCGAAGCACAAGCUGGCAGAGGCCCAGCUUCCUGCCUCACAGUAGUUUACAUGGGAGCAAAUGACAUUCGCUACAUCAUCUUCAUCAUCGCAUGCCAUAAGACCGGCUAUAAGCCAUUCCUGCCAUCUAGCAAAAACUCGAAUGAAGCUCAACUCUACUUGCUAGACGAGACCAAGUGUAAUCGGUUCUUCUAUAGCGUGGAGCGAGAGCGCAAGGCGACGGAACUGAAGCAGCUUCGUCCCGAACUAGAUCUCUUUCAGUUGCCAUCUUUAGAUGAUAUCCUGGAAUCGGAAGAGGGCAUUCGUCCCUACCCCUUCACUCAGUCCUACGACGAGGCCGAAGAUGAGGUCUUUCUCAUUGUGCACAGCUCUGGAUCAACAGGAAUGCCCAAGCCCAUCCCCCUGACUCAUGGCUACUUCAGCACCCUGGAUGCCAUCGCCUAUCUUCCCCGCCCUGAUAAUCGGCGGCUGACCUUCUUUUCCGAUCUGGGCCCCGGCAACCUCGCAGUCAGCGUGGUCCCAUUCUUCCAUAUGAUGGGCAUCGCCGCUUUCACCGAAUCCAUCUUCCAUGCGGUGCCCUUUCUCUAUGGGCCGGAGAAGCCACUCUCGGUUGGCCUGUUGACCGAUCUCAUCAAAUUUGGCCAACCAACCACAGCACUUCUUCCUCCGUCAGUCCUCGACGAUGUAUCAUCGUCCGAAGAAGCCCUACUUACAUUAGGUACCCUGGAGAGCAUCUACUUUGGCGGCGCACCCCUUGCCCCUGAAACGGGAGAAAGAGUACGCAAGUACACCAAACUGAUCACAGCACUGGCAUCAACCGAAACCAGUCUCAUCCCGUCCAUAGUUCCCGAGAAAGACGAAGAUUAUGGCUACUUCGAGUGGAAUCCCAAUUACGGCGCCACCAUGGAGCACAUCGGCGAUGGGAUCUAUGAGCUGGUGAUUCCUCGUCCACCCACGCGCGAUUACCAUGGCACCUGCCAUACGUUUCCCUCUGUCCUGGAAUAUCACACGAAGGAUCUCUUCAUCCAGCACCCAACUAAUACUCAACUGUGGAAGCACCACGGUCGUCUGGAUGAUGUGAUUGUCUUGAGCAAUGGUUUCAAGUUUAAUCCGGUCAGCCUGGAAACCAUGAUAGAGGCGCACCCUCUCAUCUCACGAGCGCUGGUGGUGGGAAAGUCACGAUUUCACACUGCGCUAUUGGUAGAGCCAUAUUGGGAUUCGUCAGAAUCUGACAUUGAUCCCAAGUCCUUUAUUGAGGAAAUAUGGCCUGCGGUAGAGGCAGCGAACCGAACGGUUGCCGCUCAUGGACGCGUCCUGAAAGACAAAAUUGGGCUCUCGAGGAGAGAUAGACUAUUUCAGACGACACCUAAAGGGUCUACGCGAAGAGCAGCCGUCUUAAAGGACUACGCCGAUGAAAUUGAUGCCAUCUAUUCCAAGGGUGACGAGAGCACUGUGGCGGUUGCAGAGCUUCCAGCAAAGCCGGAUUUGUCGAAUCUCACUCAAUACAUCCAUCGUUUGGCUAGCAAAAUCCUCCAACGAGAUGACUUUGGCAGUCAGGAAGAUCUUUAUAAACUUGGUCUUGACUCAUUGCAGACUAUGCAGCUCGCCAAAUAUCUACGAAGCGCUCUGCUUUCACACCGCGACAGCACAGCUCCGAUCGAUCUGACUACCCAGAUGGUGUACGCCAACCCGACCGUGGAGAAACUGGCCCAGCUACUGCUACAGGUUCUGCACGGUAGCAACGCACAAGAGGCCGCUCGACCAGAGAAACUCAAUGCUCUGGUGGAAAAGUAUACAGCGGACCUGCCAUUUAAGAACUUUUCCCCUAAUCAGGACGGAUCAAACCCCCCACAAAGGUCGGUAAUUCUAACCGGCUCUACCGGCUCUCUCGGUACCUAUCUCCUUGACGUCCUCCUACAAGACCAGAGCAUUGCCAAAAUCUACUGUCUCAACAGAAGCGACGCCAAAGCCAAACAAGAGAGAAUCUUCGAAGCAAAAGGCCUAACCCAUCUAGCAUCCCACCUGGAAAAGGUCGAAUAUCUGACAGUUUCAUUCGGACAUGCCCAAUUCGGCCUCAACCACAGCAAAUACGAAGAACUCCUCAAUUCCGUCGACACCAUCAUCCACAACGCCUGGAAAGUCGACUUCAACCACAGCGUGUACUCCUUCGAAGACCCUCAUAUCCGGGGCGUGCGUCACUUCAUCGACUUUAGUCUGCAAAGUAAACAUCGCGCGUAUUUCUACUUCAUCUCCUCCGUCGGCACGGUGGGAGCCUGGACCUCGCAAAUGGGAGCAACUGUCCCAGAGCUACCGAUUGAAAACUGCGACGCAUGUCCGAACCAAGGCUACAGCGAAUCCAAGUAUAUAUCCGAACGGAUCUGCUACGAAGCGUCUCGACGGUCAGGCGUACCAACAACUGUAUUCCGGGUUGGGCAGAUUGCUGGUCCCACCACUGCGAAAGGGCAGUGGAAUGUCCACGACUGGCUUCCUACCAUCAUUGCUACCUCGAAAGCGAUGGGACUGGUUCCCGAAAUGCUGGGCUCGAGGGCGGUGGAUUGGAUCGCUGUGGAUACUCUAGCGAAAAUUAUUAUCGAACUCAUCCACGCGCGCUCAACCAACAUCAGCCCCUCAAAUGCAGUCUUCCACCUCGUUAAUCCCUCCAAAACAGCCUGGGAAUCGCUCCUGCCGGCAGCUCAGGAGAUGUAUCCCCAUAUGAAGCCAGUACAUCUCUCGACUUGGGUGAAGCAGCUGGAAGGUGUGAGUAAUCCGUCCGAGCAGGAUAUCGCCGAGAAACCGGCUCUCAAGCUCCUUGAGUUUUAUCGUGAGUUCGCGGAGGAUAGGACGCUAUUAGUCCCGCUUGAUGUAGAGAAGGCCAAGACAUCGAGUAGAACUAUGGCGGCACUUGGGCCGGUUACGAGGGAUGAUAUGAUGAAUUGGUUGCGGCAGUGGGGGUUUUAGGGCUUCUCAAGUGUGUCUGAGCACAUGGGAGGUGGAAUUGUCGAAUACAAAUCAUCUGUGGCUAGAAUCAUGUUUGUAGGCAGGAAGCCAGUCCUCAUCCGGUGCUCCGAGAUGUCUAAAAACCAGGCUUAUCAUAAGCAGGACGCUUAUUCCUCUGUGGUCAAUUCUCAUCCGUCCCAAGGAUCGAAUC